AUGGACGGGCAGUCUCGCGACUCUGAAGCCGAAUCGACUCGGCUAAUAAUCCAUGCUCCGGCUGGAAUCUGGAGAGGGGGGCCCAUCCAGGAUCGAUUACGUCGAUCGCAGCAUCCUGGCGAGAAGCAGGGCGGUGAUUGGAAGCGACGAGAUUCCGCGAUACCGAUCGCACCAUCAUCCGGCUUGAUUGACUGGCUGCGAGCACGACCACGUAUCUGGCACACCCACCGAGCCGUCUUAUCCCAAGUCACGCUCACGGCCAGCUGGCCGCCUAACGUCUACCAAGUAGUCUGGCGGGCUGUAACUCCGGAGCAUAUUCGACUGAGUGAAUUCCAAUUUCCGACCGUCAUGGCGAGGAAUCCUCGUGUGGGCGGUUGCAACUUGCAAGCUGCGAUUUGGUUGGGCUGGCGAAGCGGUCAGCCGGCCGAUUUGUUUUGUUGUCACUGUCGCCCCCUUGCGCGGCGCGAUGAUCUAGGGCCAAGGCUUCAGCCAUCUCAGCUGCAACAACCCGUAGUCGCAUAUGCGACGGUGGAGUCGACUAUUGACGUUGCUUUCCAUAUUUUGUGGCCUGAGGUUUGUUACACGAAGCUCGUAAUCGGAGAGUAUGGAGAUUCGUCUCAAGUUUCAUCUGACCUAGCGCACGGGAUCAAGAUCUUCAAUGCAGGAAGACUGAAUCCAUCUGACCGCCGGUAUCGAGUCGAUCAGACUGUUACGAGAAGACUGGUGUCUUUGAACGCAUUCUUAACCGUAGAGCCAUCGAUUCUCAAAAAUAGAUACUAUACUAUAGGCAGUCCUUACUUCUAUCCUGAGAUGUACUUACUCCGUACUAAAUAA